GUAGUGCGCAUUUAAAAGCGUUUUGACUGUGACAACUUUUGCGUCACGUUAUUCAUCUCACGUGACACAUCGUGAUCAUCAUGGCGGCCACCUCUGUGUUCCAGAGAGUGAGAACGGGCUCGAAAAUCGGAGCGCAGUAUGAUCAGGAGGGCAAUCUCAUCAAGGUGGAGACACGUGAGGAUGAGGAGCAGAGUGUCAAGCUUGCUGAGAUAUUGGAGCUGUUGCUUGCGGCUGGUUAUUUCAGAGCACGCAUUAAGGGACUGUCACCCUUUGACAAGGUGGUAGGAGGAAUGACCUGGUGUAUAACUACAUGCAACUUUGAUAUAGACGUUGAUCUGCUCUUCCAAGAAAAUUCUACCAUCGGUCAGAAAAUUGCUCUGACAGAGAAGAUUGUGUCAGUUCUGCCCAGAAUGAAAUGUCCUCACCGAUUAGAGCCUCAUCAGAUCCAAGGGUUGGAUUUCAUCCACAUCUUCCCUGUUGUACAGUGGCUGGUAAAAAAGGCGAUUGAAACCCGGGAAGAGAUGGGAGAUUAUGUCAGGUCAUAUUCCAUCUCUCAGUUCCAGAAAACACAUGCGUUUCCUGAGGAUGAGGAGUUUGCAUUAAGGAAGGAGAGAGCCAUCAGCACUGUGGUGAAUGUGUGUGAGGUGUAUGCUCCUCAGAGGCGUUAUAAACGGCAGGUAGAUGCUGGUGAGCUGUUGGAUGAAGAGUCUCGGGUUCAUUCCACCCUGCUGGAGUUCGGCAGGCGCUAUGGAUUCAGCAAACAGUCUAAAGCAGGCACACAGGCAGUGGAGCAGAAGCAGGUGUUGGCUCAGGGCACGCAGGGUGUGCCACCUGGAAUGGCCCAGGUGUCUGAAGAAGAGGACCUGCAGGCAGCAGAGGAGCUCAGAAUCAAGGCCCUGAUGACUGGAAUGGCUGCCAUGGCAACUGAAGAGGGGAAGUUGUCAGCCAGCACAGUUGGGCAGAUUGUUGGGCUGCAGUCUGAGGAGAUCAAGCAAAUUGCCACGGAGUAUGCCGAAAAGGCGGAGCGCUCUGUGGAGGAUCGGCCAGAGAGAUUUGGGCCUGCGCAACAGCACCGACGUCAGCUGGCAUCACUCAACAAACAAAUCACUCAAAAAACAAAUGAGCUGGCAGAGCUGCAAUCCAAACAGCAGGAGGCCAGAAUGGCAUGUGAGGAGGCUAAAGUCAAACUAGCCGAGGCCACAGCGCAAACUGAAAAGCUAGAGAGAGAGCUGAGCUCACUGGAGGAUGUGGAGUCUCAGGAUGAUUCUGGGUUGCUGGAGAAGCUUCGUGCUUUGGUGGCCAUGAAUGAAAACCUGAAACAUCAAGAGCAAACUUUCCGCUCACACUGCCGCGAGGAAAUGACCCGUCUGCAGCAGAAUAUUGAAGAGUUAAAGCUGGAGUCUGGAGACGAAGGAGAGGAUAAGAAGGAGAUGAAUAUGAUGAUUGAUCAGCAGUACACUGCAGACAGAGAAAAACUACAGAAGAUUCGUCUGCUCAUGGCAAAGAGGAAUCGCGAGAUCGCCAUCCUGCAGCGAAAGAUUGACGAGGUUCCCAACAGAGCCGAGCUGAACCAGUAUCAGAAACGCUUCAUUGAGCUCUACAGCCAAGUUUCUGCAACACACAAAGAAACAAAACAGUUCUUCACACUUUACAACACCCUGGAUGACAAGAAAGUUUACCUGGAGAAGGAGGUUAAUCUGCUGAACUCCAUACAUGAUCAUUUCCAGCAGGCCAUGGCGUCAUCAGGAAGUAAAGAACAGUUUCUCAGACAAAUGGAGCAAAUUGUGGAAGGAAUCAAACAGAGCCGCAUAAAAAUGGAAAAGAAAAGACAGGAGAAUAAGAUGCGCAGAGAUCAGCUUAAUGAUGAAUACCUGGAGCUGUUGGAUAAACAGAGACUCUACUUUAAAACUGUCAAAGACUUUAAAGAGGAGUGCCGCAAGAAUGAGAUGCUGUUGUCUAAACUGAGGGCAAAGGGAGCAUCAUAACAGCCGGACAUGCGCACACACACACAUUCAUUACAUAACUUCCUGUCUACAUACUGUCUAUAAUAAUAAAAGGGAAAAACCACCCAAAAAUAAAUCUUUAAACUUAUGCUGGUUAAGCUCCAUCCACACAAAAUAGAAUCAGCAUCUUUUAAGCCGCUACAUCAACAUCUCUCAUCAUGAGGCAGUUGUGGCCUAAUGGUUAGAGAGUCGGAUUUGUAACCCAAAGGUCGCGGAUUCGAGUCUCAAUACUGGCAGGAAAUGUAGGUGGGGGGAGUGAAUGAGCAGCACUCUCUUCCACUCUCAUGAUUAAAAAAUACUGAAUAUAUUGUUUGUAUACUAGUGUAGGCAGAAACAAUACAUACAAUAGAUUCUACACUACCUAUCAAGUCAAUCCCUGAAUAUUGAUUGAAUUUCCAAUCAUUUUAUAAAACCAGAUCAUAUAUAAUAUAUAUAUAUAUAUAUAUAUAUAUAUAGUGCUAAAUAUAUUAUUUAUAUAUAUAUGCUGCAAGUGCUGUCAAUAGAUUUAAAAAGUUAACUAAUCACAUUUUUUUCUGUAAUUUCUGUAAAAACAUAGGAGUUUUUAAUAUUUUUAUUUUGUAAUUUCAGUAACUCUCCAAAUACUGAUAUACUAAUACUGGUACUGAUGUCUCUAUGAAAUUGAUUUUUUUUUUUUUUUUUUUUUUUUUUUUUUUAAACAUUAAUUAUAGACAUUCAACAUUAUAGUAUAACAAUUUCAACAUUUAUUAGGCUUUAAAAAAUAAUUUAAGUGAACUUAAAACAAUCUUCAUAUAAACACAUAAAUGUCAUAUUUACCUGUGACCUUUCUACCUGUCUUCACUGAAUAAAUUAUAAAUUAUAAAAUAUAGGCUAAUCCUUAUUAAAGCUACAAUUUUCUCUGUUACAUUUGUUCUUUGAUUACCAUUGAUGACUGGUUUAUUAGGCUGCUGUGACUUUAAGACCUGCCGCUGCCAGACUUCCGGUGGCGCGCGAUACAGAAUAGCAGCAUAAAAGCCACAGCUCUGAUAUCAACAAAGUAUAUUCCCAAAAUCCAAGUACGUUAGUUUUCAAAAAUGGAAAAAUAUAGUUAAAUGAACGGGAACAAAAACAAGAAAAUUAGGUCGGGGGUAAGAGAGGUGAAAGAGUAAGAAGUCGAAAAGGGGCCGAAGGACAACACUGGCGAAGUCGAGGAGGACAGGGGCUGACCAUGAAUCAAUAUGUGACGCGAUUUGCUCCGUAUUUUUGUGCACAGAACUGUUGAUUUCUCCCUCACUUACCGCAUCUAGGUUUCAGACAGCUUUGCCGCUUCGCGCAAAACCAAAUGUAUUUACGGCCUCUCACAAGUUGGAAAGAAAAAACAAAUCCAAUCAGUUUAGCGAUCUGGGUUCAGCAGGCGGGACUUAACCGUUUGUGUACCAGGAAUUGCGCAUUUUUCACAGAGCGCUCUUGUAAGAGAUUUUUAAUCUAAAUGAGAUGUUUCCUGGUUAAAUAAUAAUAAGUAAUACAUAAAAACCACAAGACACAAUCAGACAACAGUGGUUAUAUAUAAAUAUAUUUUAAUGUCUGAAAACGCAAGGGUUUAAUCCAGACAGAACUGGGUGAUCUGUUGGAUCUGAACCCUGUAAAGGAACUUCGUAUUGAAAGGACUCAUCGAGCACUCCCGUUCAAUUGUGGUCAGGGGGUGGUAUCGUGACUGCAAUACUUUGUAUUAGUGCAAUUCAUAUAAUGGCCACAAGAAGGGAUUAUGUUAUUAUAUACGGGCUGUUUUCUUUAUUAGGUUACUCUUACCAGUGAGGGCUAAGCUGUAAACUUCUGUUGUCACACUUUUGAGAUUAAAAGUUCCGUUUUUGUGGA